CUGAUUUGCCAUAAUUUGCCCAUGUUCAUCGCUACGGAUCCCUCGGAUACGUCCCACAGCUCGCAGUGUGGAGCGAAGUGUGGGUCGACCUGGUCUUGCCAUGUCGCCUGAUGCGCUUGAUGAUGUUGGAGUCCUGGACUCCUGCGAUCCAAUCCCUCUGCGACGUGGUCUGGAUCCGCGGCGCGGCCUUGCGGAGGGCCUGCUACGCCCUGCUCAGCGUAUGGUACAUGUUCACCGUGUGCCUCUACGUCCUUGAGAAGGAUUCCGGGGGAGAAGUUGGUGAGCGCUUUGAAAACGUCUUGGUGGGUUUGCCCCAUGGCUUGAUUCACCUCACCGGAGAUUAUCCCUGCACGGAUUACCGCAGCAUCUCUAUGCCUUUUCACGUGGUGUUCUUGAUUCUCGGCAUGUGCUGCACCGGCACCUUUACUGGCAUCUUUGCGGGUGGCUUUGUGGAGUACCUGGGCGCGGAGCGGGCGCUGGAACGGCAGCAGGCCAAGGAUGAGCGGCUGCGCGUCAUGGCCAUGGCGGUGAGUCUGUUGCAGCGUCGCUUCCGGCUGCGGCGACAGCGUGCGCUGCCGCCGCAGGGGCCGCGCUACAGCCAGUUGAGCAUGAAGAAGGCAGCACGCCGGCUGUUGCAGUGCCAGACCUCCGUGGGCCGCGUCUUCAUGACGUUAGCCCAAGCGGCGCUGUUGGUCAACAUCUUGAACACCAUGUUGGAAUCCAUCCCCGAAGUGGAAGCCAGUGGAUCCGAGGUGCGCUUCGUGUUGACGCUGGUGGAAAUUAUUACGGGCACCAUCUUCUGCAUCGAGUUCAUCCUGCACCUGGUGGCCAAGCCCAUGGGUAUUUUCACCACUCCAAUGCGCAUCGUGGAUUUUGUGUGCCUUUUCCCCACCUUUUUACGGAUUCGCUUCCAAUGUCAGAGUGUGGCGAAACAGGAGAGUUUGCCAGGUUUCGAGGCCUUCAUCGAAUGCGUCGCUGCCUGCCGAAUCGUCCGCGUGUUGGAUUGGCCACAGAUUCGCCGGGAAGUGCUGGCGGUGAAGCAGACGCUGAAAGCGGCCCUGCCGUCGCUGGCGAUGCCCGCGGUGAUCUCACUGCAGCUCUGGGUGCUCACCGCAGGCAUUUUCGUGUGGCUGGAGAACUUCUACGCAGUGGAGGGAGAGCCCUCCGAUAAGGAACAGAUGGGAUCCAUUCCGGAUGCCCUGUACUGGUGCAGCAUCUAUCUCCUGGGUGAAUGGGCCAAUGACGAGUUUACAGAUGGCGCUGGUAGCCGUUUGUGCAUUUUCUACUGCCUCUGCGGGGUGGCUUUGUUCUCCAUCCCGGUGGGUAUCAUGGUGGAAGCCGGCCGCGCCACCUUGGAGAAAGUGGCGGACGAACGGAAGGAGUUGGCGGAGCUGAAAGCCGCGGCGACGUCACGACCCAAGGCGAAGGCGAUGUGAGCGCAGCAAUCUGUCGUUAAGUCCUUGAAAAGUGUGGCGCGUCCUG